CCCCACCAAAGGUAUCCUCCGUAUAGCUAUCGGGGCCCUCCGAUGCGAGGAGAGCGGAGGUAGAAAAGCCCCUCGACGGCCACAUUUGAAGCUGCAGAAUUCCUAUUUUCUUUUACUUUUCCAUCUCUCCCUUUACGUCUCCUUGAUGGACCAAAAUACUCACCACCCAUCGAGUGAACAAUUGGGCAGAACCACAGACCGACUUGCCCUCUACCAGCAGCAGCUUAGCUCUCCUACUUCUACUACACCACAAGCAAGCACAUCACCGACUACUACUACAAAAUCCACCGCACCAAUGUCUCGCGAUCCUAUCACCUGCCAUGUUCUCAACACCCUGACGGGAACCCCCGCCGCGAACCUCCCCGUCACUCUGACCCUCCUCUCCUCCCCGUCCAGCAGCGCUCAAAGCCCCGUCAACUUCCAGGCCACAACUGAUGCCGACGGACGAGUCAAGAACUGGACGCCCAUUACCACAGCUGCCAAAAGCGUGCCUGAGAUCCUCUCGUCCCUCCCGGCAGCCGAUAGCAAAACCAACUGGUCCGUGCGAUUCGAGGUCGGACCCUGGUAUGAGGCACAAGGGGUGGAGAGCUUCUGGCCAGAAGUCGAAGUCAAGUUUACAGUCAAGGGACGGGGACGGGAGGGCGAAGAGGGAUGGCGGCAUUAUCAUGUUCCUGUGCUGUUGGGACCCUGGAACUAUUCGACUUAUCGGGGAUCGUGAGGAUGAUAAAACGGAUCUUAUCGAUUCUGAUGUCAGUUUCAUCUUGGAAUGACGUAUAUGGAUAUGUCUGAUUGAUACUGGCAGAUAUGACGGUUUAGAUAGAGAUACUACUGCAUAAUGUUCUAAUUCUGCCACGCUUCGUUGAAUUCACAAAAUUGACUGCAUAAUGCUCUUAUGA